ACACAAACAAAUGAAAAAAGGAAGGCAAUCUUUCACAUCGGUGAAAGAAAUUUUUUUUAAAUGAUUUUUUCCCUCGAACCAAUGUUGAUUCAUCUCUGAGUGGAGGAAAAGACCAGGAGUUGGAAUCGGGGAAAAGAAUACACAUGUCGAUCAUGUAGGCCAGGUGAAUUGGUGAGGUGCCCCAUCAUCAAGUCCAUACUCAACUGAAAGUGUCAUUGGCUGUUUCAGGUAAGUCUCAGUUUCAAUGCAUCACUGAGAAGAGAAAAAAAAAAAUUCAGUUGGUUAAACUGAAUUGUGUACAAAACCAUGAUAUUUACUCAGAUCUGUUGAUUUCACAUUGUUUUUGAUUUCGCUAAAGUAGACUGGGAUUCGUCAUGAUGUAGCGUGAUGAGGAGGGAUUAAUAAGAUAUAAUUCUUUUGAAUUCAAAGAAAUUGCUCGGGAAGGUAUCAACAAUCUGUUUUGGUAGCUGCCCCACCCGUAGUUGUUCUUCGCUGGAAAUCUUAUUUCUUUUAAAACUUAAAGAAGCGAACAUCUGGAAUUAGUCUUGAAGUCCACUUUUCGAAGUCUACAAGUUAUGAAUUGAGUGUAGUGAUGAUGAAAGAAGAUAUUUAAGGUAUAUUUACGAGGAAUAAUCUCUGCUUUUUGGAGCUGUAAUGUUGGUUUUGAACCCUAACUUUGGGAAUGCUGAAGUUUUGAAUUGGGUUCCGCAGAUCAGGUCUGUGUACAAGUUUGAGGACACACCCACCAGAAAGAAUCCUGUAAUUUUAAGUUUUUACAGGCUGGAUGAUUAACAUACCUAGUUUCAAAAUCCUGAAGAUUGGAAUUGGGUUGUAUGAAUUGAGGGCCAUGGCUGUAAGUUCUGUGCAAAUUUGAGGGCGUUCCUUGCAGAAAGAGUUAUCCAUUUUUGCGUGUUAAAAGCGACAGGCUAGGCACUAGAGCCCACUUUUAAAGGCCAGAAGACCGAGUUAGAGGUUCCAGGAUAAGAGCUAAGGCUGCAAGUUCAGUGCCCGGAAGAAUUUUUCAUUCUUGAGUCUUUGCAGCUACACGCUGGGUAUUAUAGGUCAGAAGAUUGAGAUGCGGGUCCAUGAUAAGGGUGAAGGCUGCAAGUUCAGUGCCAGGAAUAAUUUUUCAUUUUUGAGUGUUUACGGCUACACGCUGGGUAUUGAAGCUCGUUUUUUGAAUGUUCAGAAGAUCUGAAUCGGGUUUUUUAAGGGUCAAGUUGCAAGUGCAGAUUUGACGACAUCUCUUUACCAGGAAAAAUCUCCAACUUCCGAGUGCUUACGGCUUUAGGUUGGGUGCUAGUUUUUGAUUUGUGUUUCUAUUUUUAAUCUCGAUUACAAUGGCUGAUAUUGGCUCAUUUAAUGGAACUGAAAAGAUGGAAGACGUAUCAUUGAAGAAAGUCCCAUCUCAGAAAAAAGUUCUUCUGCACGGUACUUUGGAUGUUUGGAUUUUUGAGGCUAAGGAUCUGCCGAAUAUGGAUAUGAUGUCAGAGAGAGCUAGACAAUUUUUCACAUUUUUCAAUUCAUGUGGAGGGCAAUAUCGGCAGAAAAAUAGACAGCGUCACCAUCAUAAAAUUAUUACAAGCGAUCCUUAUGUUUCGGUCCAAGUUGCUGGAGCAACUGUUGCCCAAACCCGUAUUAUAACCAACAGCCAAUUACCUAAGUGGGACGAGCAUUUUACUAUUCACUUGGCUCAUUUUGCGGGGAAAGUGGAGUUUCUUGUUAAGGACAAUGAUCUUUUUGGAGCUCAACUAAUAGGGACUGUUGCAAUAUCGGCAGAAGAAGUUUUAAGUGGUGAGAAAACGGAUGACUGGUUUCCAGUGCUAAAUUCGUAUGGAAAACCACCUAAACCUGAUUCUGCUUUGCGUCUUUCACUCCAGUUUGCCCCAGUUCAGAUUGAUCCCUUGUACAAAGAUGGCAUUGGUUCUGGGCCUGAUCAUUCUGGUGUUCCUCACACUUAUUUCCCACUUCGGAAAGGUGGGAUGGUUUCCCUGUAUCAGGAUGCUCAUGUACGUGAUCAUUUACACCUGCCAAUUCGAUUGGAUGGUGGAAAGGAGUUUGAACGUGGAAGAUGCUGGGAGGAUAUUUGCCAUGCUAUACUUGAAGCACACCAUUUGGUCUACAUUACAGGAUGGUCCAUAUAUCACAAAAUAAGGCUUGUGAAGGAACCAACAAAACCAUUGCCAGAGGGAGGACUUUUGAACCUGGGGGAACUUCUAAAAUACAAAUCUCAAGAAGGUGUCCGUGUGCUGCUAUUGGUCUGGGAUGACAAAACAUCACAUGACAAGUUCCUAAUUAAAACAGAGGGAGUUAUGCAAACACAUGAUGAAGAAACCAAAAAAUUUUUCAAGCAUUCAUCAGUUCACUGUGUUCUUUCACCUCGAUAUGCAAGCAGUAAGCUGAGUUGGGUCAAACAGCGGGUUGUCGGUAGCUUAUACACUCAUCAUCAGAAAAGUGUGAUUGUAGAUUCACAAGGUCCUGGAAAUAAUAGAAAACUUACUGCCUUCAUUGGCGGGCUUGAUCUUUGUGAUGGACGUUAUGACACUCCAGAGCAUCGCUUGUUUCGAGAUCUUCAAACUGACAUAUUUAAAGAAGAUUAUCACAAUCCUACUUUUCUAACAAAUGGUGAUGCUGGUGGACCAAGGCAGCCAUGGCAUGACUUGCACUGUAAGAUAGAUGGCCCUGCUGCAUAUGAUGUACUCACAAAUUUUGAGCAACGAUGGCGUAAAGCAACAAGAUGGCAUGAGUUUGGACAACGUUUCAAGAAAGCUAGUAGAUGGCAUGAUGAUGCACUGAUCAAACUUGACCGUAUCUCAUGGAUUCUUAGUCCUAAACAAGAUGUUCCUGAUGGUGAUCAUCAUUUAUGGGUUUCAGAGGAAGAUGAUCCAGAAAACUGGCAUGUGCAGAUUUUUCGGUCCAUUGAUUCUGGAUCAGUGAAAUUCUUUGCUAAGAAUGUCAAAGAAGCAGAAGCCAAGAACCUUAUCUGCAGGAAGAACUUACUUAUAGACAAAAGCAUUCACACGGCAUAUGUGAAAGCUAUCCGAUCUGCACAGCACUUUAUUUAUAUUGAAAACCAAUAUUUUUUGGGAUCAUCUUACAACUGGCCCCAAUACAGAAAUGCAGGUGCUAACAAUUUAAUUCCUAUGGAGCUAGCCUUGAAGACGGCUGAUAAAAUUAGAAAUAAUGAAAGAUUUUCUGUAUAUGUAGUCAUACCAAUGUGGCCAGAAGGUGUUCCAAACGGUGCAGCUGUACAAGAAAUACUAUUUUGGCAGAAAGAGACAAUGGAGAUGAUGUAUAUCAUUAUUUCAGAUGCUAUAAAAGAUGCAGGGUUGUCAGAAACACAACAUCCACAAGACUAUUUGAAUUUUUAUUGCCUUGGAAAUCGGGAAGCUAUGAAUGAUAAUGAAGAUUCCCUGUCAAACAAACCAGCUGAAAACAGUCCCCAGGGUCAAGCUCAAAAAUAUCGCCGCUUUAUGAUAUAUGUACAUGCAAAGGGCAUGAUAGUUGAUGAUGAGUAUGUAAUCAUUGGCUCUGCAAAUAUCAAUGAACGUUCAUUGGAUGGUUCAAGAGACACAGAAAUUGCUAUGGGUUCCUACCAACCUCACCAUACAUGGGCUCAACUACGACGUCACCCACAUGGGCAGAUUUAUGGAUACAGGAAGUCACUUUGGGAAGAACAUUUGGGGACUCUUGACGCUUCCUUUGAUCAUCCAGAAAGUCUGGACUGUGUCCAAAAGGUCAAUGAAAUGGCUGAAAAACAUUGGAGUCAAUUCACAGCUGAAGAAGUGAUAGAAAUGAAAGGUCACCUUUUGAAAUAUCCAGUUGCGGUUGGUGCAGAUGGUAAAGUUGGACCAUUACCUGGGUAUGAGAAUUUCCCUGAUGUUGGUGGCAAAAUUGUGGGGGCACCUGGCUCUCUUCCUGAUACUCUCACUACUUGAUGUAACAAUAGUAGUUAAUUCUAUUUGUAUUUGAUCUCUGUUUGAAGUGUUUAUGUGGUGACAAUGUUUUGGAGCUGGCAAUAGAAAAGUGGGUUUUGAGAGCAGCUUCCUUAAAAGUCCCAGUAGUGCAUGUUUUGAGGCAAAACUUGCAUCAUUUGCAUUGACAUUUAUUAUCAACUGGAUUUGUUUUUUUCAAGUAAAAAUAAAGCUAAUUAAUGGCCUAAUUUUUUGUUUA